CCAGUUUGAUUGGAUGAUUGGUAUUUUAGGGGUAUUUCAUUCAAAUCCAUCCUAUUAUUUUGGGAGAAUGAUUAUCCUUUAUAAUGUGUUUGAGAAAAUGUUUCUUCCACAUAUACAAGUUACUUGCCCUUUAGCUUGGAACUUCAUCUGUAUUUAUGCAUUCCGUCUUAUAUGAGGAGGUGACCUUAGUCUUCACUAGAAAUAAUGUCAAGUUUUCUCAGUUUUUGUUGACUUAAAAUCACGGUCCUGAUCAUUUUGAGUGUUUAUAGAUGGGUGUAUAAGUAGGUAAGAACUUUAUUGUUGCCUCACACCUUUGAUCAUGUCUUCCAAAACAUGCUAACUUGGUGAGUUGGGGAUGGUUGUUAUUUCGUGUGGUUGUUGGAGAAACCGUUUGGUUUUUGUUGCUGAUAAAAUACUGUGUAAAAACCUACUGUCCUUUUCUUUUGGGUGCUAGUGAAUUGCGAUACAUAGAUCACUUGAGCUUGACUGCACUGUAUCUUGAUUAGCAACUUUUUAUCUUCCUCCAAGACACUUGAAUGGCUACUUGGUUCUUUUCCAAACCUAAAUUUCAGAUGCCCUCACUGAUCAUGCAUUUUAUCAUAUGUUUCCGAAUUGUGAGACAGUUUCUGGUUCAAUCAAAAGAUCUGUGUUUUACCAAGUUUGGCACCUGAUUUAGGUUACUUGAAGCAAAUUGGUAUUGAGUAACCGGCCUACAUAGUUAAUAUAUGUUGCUCUCCACACUUAACUUCUAUACAUUGUGCAGCAGAGGUUGCAAUAUUGAUUCCUUUUGCUGUCUAUGGAAGAUGAUUUGAGAUACCAGGCCUUCACUUCCCUCAUAACCCUGAAGGGCUAAUUCAAAUUUAUUCAAACUUCCCACCAUAUCAUGACAAGCUUAUUGCACUUUCCAACCAAAGGAAGAGUCUCACAUGAAUGACUGAAGGAACUGGAGAUAGAAAAAAACUAAAGCUGUGUUUACCAAGAAUAAGAACAAGGGCUUGUUUCAUUUGCUGAGUUGGAGGAGCCACCUGUUUUUGUUCCAUCACAACCUGUUGAAGAUGUUAAAGAACAGGAAGUUAAAUACAUAGAAUCUGAUUUGCCUCCACACCAACAAGUUGAGCAGGCCAUGGAUUGUCUGCCAUCAUUUUCUGAAGAUACAUCAAACCAUCAGAAGUUUAGUUUCCAUCGCUGGACAAUAUUGGAUUAUUCAAGAGCCUACAACUCAGGAGAAGUUACUCCUCGCCUGGUUGCAGAGCGAUUCAUAGAUGCUGUCCGGGAAUCUUGCAAUCCUCAAUUGCACAUGUCAUUCUUCAUUAACUAUGAUACAGAAGAUAUUCUAAAGCAAGCUACUGAAUCAACUCUUCGUUAUGAACGAGGAGAACCUAUUUCUGUUCUAGAUGGAGUUCCGAUUGCUAUUAAAGAUGAAAUAGAUUGCACUCCCUAUCCAACUACAGGAGGUACAACAUGGUUGCACAAAGUAAGAGAUUGUAAAAAUGAUGCAUGCUGUGUUCAACGCUUGAGAUCAUGUGGUGCUAUACUCGUUGGAAAAACCAAUAUGCAUGAGCUUGGAGCUGGAACAAGUGGGAUAAAUCCUCAUUACGGGGCUACAAGAAAUCCAUACAAUACCAGCAAGGUCACAGGAGGUUCUUCUAGUGGUUCUGCUGCUGUCGUGUCUGCAGGAUUGUGUCCUGCUGCUCUUGGUGUUGAUGGAGGAGGAUCUGUGCGAAUGCCUGCAGCCCUUUGUGGUGUUGUUGGAUUCAAACCAACUUUUGGACGUGUGUCUCAUUCAGGUGUUCUUCCUCUGAACUGGACAGUUGGGAUGGUUGGCAUACUAGCAAGCACAGUUGAAGAUGCAUUUAUUGUUUAUGCAGCUAUCAGUGGCGAAACAUCCUCUCAUCAACCCACUAUGUUAUUGCAGCCGAAAGUGUGUUUUCCACUGUUGAAAUCAACAAACUCUAUAUCUAACAUCAAAUUGGCAAAGUAUGGGGAGUGGUUUAACGACUGCAGUGAUGACAUCAAAGUCUGCUGUUCCCAAGCUUUGGAUAAGCUUCAUGAGCAUUAUGGAUGGGAGACUGUGGAAGUGACAGUACCAGAGAUAGAAACAAUGCGCUUGGCACAUUACUUAACAAUUGGAGCUGAGUGUACCACUUCACUUAGUUCGCUUCUGCAAAAUGUGAGUAUUGAGGAAUUAGGGUGGGAUACAAGGGUGGCAUUUCGUGUAUAUGGAAGUUUUGACAGCAUGGAGUACUUAAAUGCCCAAAGAAUUAGGAACCGCCAGAUGCAGUUCCAUAAGAAGAUAUUUGAGAAGGCAGAUGUUAUUGUUACACCAACAACAGGAGCAACUGCAUACUCAAUUAUGAAUGAUGCCCUGAAAACCGGUGAACUUGACUACAUAAAUGGAGCUGCAUUUGUUCGGUAUCAAAUAGCAGGAAACUUUCUGGGAUUGCCUGCAGUGACUGUCCCGAUUGGAUACGACAAACUGGGUUUGCCAAUAGGCCUGCAGUUCAUAGGGAGGCAAUGGUCAGAACCAACAUUGAUCCACAUAGCACACGCAAUGCAGGCUUUGUGCAUAUCAGACUACAAAAAGCCAGAGGUCUACUAUGAUCUGCUCAAGAAGAAUUAACAGGACCACACAAGCCCAGAAUUCAGUAAUAGCCCAACAUUGUGACACAUGCCCGUACAAGUUGCUGCUGAUUGUUCCAUUGCUUAUGUGGUGGUGUUUGUUUUUUUGGCUUUUUGCUUAAAACAAUUUAGUUUUAGAAUUUAGGUUGUUUGUUUUUCUACUUUUUCAUGACUUAUUAUAAACUUUUUACUAGAUAGAAAAAGCCAAAAUAUAUAGCUUUUUCUAAAUAGAAAAAAUAACACAUUGGUUUUUUUUUACUUUUUAAUAUUUAAUAGAAAUAAAAUACUACAAAAACAAACAACCUAAUAUUUAACACUAUUAAGCAUUAAAGUUCUAUUUAGAAUUAAGUAAAAAAACAAACACCACCAAGUUUCCUCUCGACAAACUAAAUUACGUUUAAGCUUAGGGUUGUCAAUAGUAUUUGUUCAUAUCAGCUACUCACAAGAAGUAUUCAAUAAUCAGUCCUUAUUUCUCA